GGGUCAGAGUUCAAAGAGGAGAAACAUGGCCGCGUCCAAGGGAGCCGUGGUGUUAAAGACGGUCAAGAAGAUAGUGGUGAAGUUCUGCCCGUUUGAGUCCAGUGUGCGCUCCACCCGAGACUUUCUUGUUUUGGUGGGAUCUGAAAAGGCCAGAGCAACUAACAUGAACUGUGAAGUCAUAACGGAAGUGAAACAUGACCGGUCAGAGCCCGUGAUUGACAUUACAUUCAUUGAUGGAGAACAGUUAGUGAUGAACGGAUCCAACCUCACAACCCAAGAGAUGCUUUCUGCCUUACAGACACGCUGUGUUGCUAAAGAUCCCCAAGCUAAAGCGGGAGGGAAGAAGUAGCUGUGGUUGUGUACAUCUUGUGUAUGUUGUGUUGAUAUAUUUAUGCUUGUUUUGUUAAAUAAAAUAACUAUCAAAUCCAA